AUGGAGGGUAACCUGUCUUGUCAAGUAUACCUUACCAAGAAAAGGGAAGGAACUAAACGAAAAGAUGCGGAAGGUAAUGGUGGCAGUGCUGCCAUAGCCCCGAAAGAGGCGGCACCCUCACAGGCGGAUGCAAGGGAAACAGAAGGCGAACUUGUACACUUUGAUGGUACAGAAAUUUCUUUUUCAUCACACUUUGAAGCUGAUGAUUCAGAAGAAGAUAACUAUCAUGUAGUGGAUUAUAUUGAUACACCAUUUCCCACAGUAGAGGGUUUGCUGAUUACUGGUGAACCUUACCCAGGUAACGAAAUUCAUGUUAGUGGGUACUCAAGAAACGGAACAACUACUUGUAGGUUUGAGUGGGUUCGUUAUUUGCAAGACGGGUCAGUGAAACACAUAGAAGUGGCAAAAGGCCCCAUGUAUAUCGUUUCAGCAGAUGAUUUAGAUAACUAUCUUGCUGUAGUAGUGCGGUCACUUGAUGAUAGACGACGAGAGGGCGAGUUCAUGAAAUGCUUUGCGAAUGACAACAAAAAGAUCACCUGUCAUCCUGAUAUGCUUCGUGAAAUCGAAAAAUCAGUAAGUGUAGGUCAUGCAAGUGUUAAUUUGUUUGUUUUGAGAGGGUAUCCUGACGCUUGGGAACCAGCAAUCUUGGAAAUCAAUAAGAGUGGUUAUAGCAUUAAGCUUAAUGGACCCAACAAUGGCGUUGUAGUAGCUGAUAAGUAUACGCCAACAACCAUUAUUAAUUUGUCAGCAGAAGAACCGUUACAGUUCUCUAUUCUUGGACCCAAGGGCGUUGAGCGAUAUUUAUGUGUAGAUCAUAAUUCAACUGGCAUUAGCUGUUCAAGAGAUACAAUCGUCCUAACGAUGAGAUGGUUUGUCAAACGAGCUGUUGAUAAAAAGCUAGGGAAGCUGAAGAGAAGAGGUCGGUUUUUCUAA